AUGUCUGGUAGGUCCCACUUAGAGUUCAGAAACUAUCCGAUAAGUGAAAAGUGUGCAUCAACAUUUCUCACUACUACACAGCUGUCCAUGAUGCUACGACUGGUUCGAACGUUCCGGACCAAGGCAGGACGCACGAAAAUUGCGCCCAAAACGAAUUCGGCGUUUGAUCCAUUCAAAAAGCCCGCUUUUCAACGGUUCGAAGAUCUCCCAGCAUCCCAACAAGAAGCUGCUAAGACCCAAGCGUUACAAGAGUUCGAUAAAAAUGUGGACAACAAUCCCCAGAUGGAGAUCCCUUCUGAAUACAGCAUGAUCGCUGCCAUUAAACAGGAAGCACGACAAAACCGACUGAAUCGAGACGAGAUUCGAGACAACAUUCUACAUUUCUUUCAUCUCACCAUGCAGGCUCGUGAGCAACAGAUGGCCCAUCCUACAAACGUCACAGUUAUUCAGAGAGGACGGGAGGACGACAGAUCGCUUUUGUUUGAUGCUCUGGAGGUGCUGCCAAAAAAUCACGCCGAUAUCUUCUCUCCCGAAGAGUAUGUGGCAUUUUUCAACCUCGCCAAGUUGGGAACAGUUAGUGAUCAAGCUAGAGACAUGAAGACUGUCUGUGACUUAUUUUACCCUCUCAACAUCUUUAGAGUGGACCCAUACAAUGAAAUGGAGUACCUGCAGCUGUUGCUAGACUCAGAUCAAGCCCAGAAAGCACUCAAAUACCAACAGGCACGGCUGAAUCACAAGAACCAGGACGUCAAAGAGCUGAGAUGGUAUCACGAGUUUGGAGUUGCAGUCCUGCUAUCUCUGGGGCGAAUCAAGGACGCCAAUUUCGAAGCAGGAAAGAUCAUCUCUCAAUUUAGUUGGCUUGAGAGCAAUCUGCUAGUGCACCUGUGUAAGACAGCCACAGACUCGGAAACUAUGGAUAAAUGGUCACAACAGCUUCUGAGACAAAUGCAGGAUACUGAAGCCAUCCUGACACGUGAUCCAGCCGUUAGCUUGGGGAAUCUCACAUUCACAAACAUUAUCACCAAGCGUGGGGGAGUCAAGAGACCGUUUUGCGAGUCGGAAGAGCAGUUGGAGACUGCUUUGAGUGCCAAGACAGUGUCUGUAGCUCAUCUCACUGAGCUUACUAGACUCUACAUCAUGAAAGGACUGGACAUUAAGAAACUCAUCAAAGAUCCACGUGUGACACGACUACUAACCAGUGAUACCGACAUUGGAUUGAUUCUAGCAACUGAGGCAGCGUUGGUGGCUAAGGAAUCUAAUAACAACUCAAACAUAAAGUCACGUGCUGAUCCAAAUGCCGCUAUCAAGCUCUUUGAGACUCUGACUGAUCAAUGUCCCUCACUACUCACAACUCCACUGUUCUAUACCCAUUGGCUCAAUGUGUUGACGUACUUUGAUAAGCGAAGGGUGGGUCAUGUGAUUGAGCUGAUGGAGGCAAAUGGAGUUAAGCAGGACAGUUCGCAUCUGGUUGCCAUGGCAACAUAUUAUCUGAAGCAUGACUACGAGAAGGCCGUCUGUCUUUUGGAAACCGACACACCUGCAAUUUGGGGGGUGUUUCUUCGACAUUAUGCGCGGACCCAGGACGAUGAACAGUUCAACAAUAUCCUUGAGCUGUUUCUUUCCAAGAAAAGAAAGCCUAGUCCUAGUACAAUUUCUGCAGUCGUCAACUAUUAUCACAAGCAGAAGGACUACGGAUCCCUAUGGAGGCAGUUUAAUCAUAUCACGCUUAACAAGUAUAGUCCUCAUGACCAUCUACGAACAGCUGCAGUCUUCUCUUCCCAGCUGUACAAGCUGCUGUGGAAGAUUCUGACCGACUACUACCGCUCCAAAGGCGACAGAGCGAUUCUUGGAAAGCCCUCUCAUGUUCAUUCAGUUGCUGGCACCUCCCCACGAGCUGACUCAGCAUGGCAGGGUGAGUGGGUCAGUGACGGUGUAAGAAAGUGGGAGCUGGUGAAUGAAGAGUGUGCUCCUGCUCCUCGAAACCUGUUUCUGAAGAUGGUUGCUGAGCAGCAGGUCCACUCAUGCAGUCCAAUAGACAUCGUCCCUGUCUUCAUUCGAUCAGGUGACUUUGUGGGUGCUAUUGCGGUUCUGCGUUUCUACAAGGAUGUGGUUGGCUACGAUAUGGAUGGAAAAGAGGCUGGAGAGAUCUCACAAGUUCUUGGAAAAAUAAAGAAGCAGGUGUUCCGUACUCGGGACUUGAAGCGACCUGUUAUGGACGACCAUCCUCUUUGGAUGGGCCUGGAGGUUGAUCUGAAUUUGUACAUUGGAGAUGAAGUUACCGAGACUGUAGAAGAGGUCCUGAAGUGUCUCAAGGAGGGUAAAAGCACGGAUUGUAUAUAG